AUGCCAAGUUCCGAGGACUUUCCAAAGUUGAAAAAUGACGUAAUUCUACGUGCGGCUAAAGGCCUUCCAGUCCCUUACACCCCUGUCUGGUUGAUGCGUCAGGCCGGUCGUUAUCUGCCCGAGUUUCGAGCAAUCAGAAAAGAACGCGAUUUCUUUGAUAUAUGCCAGACCCCUGAGCUGGCUUGUGAAAUUACGCUUCAACCAAUUAGGCGAUUUCAGCUCGAUGCUGCCAUCAUAUUUUCAGAUAUUUUAGUUAUUCCACAGGCCCUUGGAAUCGAGGUUACAAUGAAACCUGGUGAAGGUCCUAGUCUGUCGAGCAUUCUGGUUAAAUCUGAUGACCUUGAGCGCCUCGACUGGGAAGUUGACGUGCGGAAGUCGUUACACUACGUCUACGAGGCAAUCACACUUACGCGGCACCGCCUUGAGGGGCUUGUGCCUCUCAUCGGUUUUUCCGGGGGACCAUGGACUCUGAUGACUUACAUGAUCGAGGGUGGUGCAUCCAAAACCCUCGCCAAGUCGAAACGGUGGCUCUACACCGAUGCCAACGCCAGUCACAGACUUCUUGGUCUAUUGACUCGAGUUAUUGUUGAUCAUCUUGUGCAGCAAGCCGUUGCGGGGGCUCAACUUCUGCAGAUAUUCGAGUCUCACGCCGGUGCUCUUACUCCACAGCUCUUCAACACCUUCCUGUUGACUUACCUGAGGCAGAUUUACCUGGAUGUGAGAAACCAGCUCUUAAACAGGUUUGGCUUUAAAGAUGAUGAUUGCCCUCCGAUAAUAAUGUACGCAAAAGAUGGCCAUUUCGCUCUUAAAAGCAUCGCUUCAAUCGGAUUUCAAGUGAUCGGACUCGAUUGGACAGUUGAUCCAGCUGGAGCUCGUCAAAUCGUUGGUGACAAUGUCACUCUACAGGGGAACCUCGAUCCCUGCGCUUUGUAUUCAUCCGAAGAAGAUCUAGAGAAACGCGUAGUUGAGAUGCUACGUUCUUUUGGUUAUGGGGGUCGACAUAUUGCAAAUCUUGGUCACGGAAUUUACCCUGACAUGGAGCCUGACAAAGUGGCCACCUUCGUUGAUCUUGUGCAUCGACAUUCUUCGCGUCCUCAUUCGACAAGUUGA